CUGACCAAGGUGCCGAUUAGGAUCGAUCUUUGAGGGUAUAUAGAAAGCCCAAGCGGUAUUGUCACAGCAUCCCCCCGAUGCGUCAAGACCAUCCAGAGACUCAAACCCCAUCCUGAAUUCGUAGCACCCUCCAAUCCGUCGUCCGUCAUCAUGUCUGCCCCUCAAGCAACUGGCCAUCACCGUCCUACAGUGCUCGCGAACCAACCGCCUGUGAUCUCGGUACUGCACGAUGCCAAGAACAAGGCAGGCCUUAGUUUUGAACAGAUCGCAAAGGGAAUAGACAGGAGCGAAUGGUGGACUGCGGGUCUCUUCUAUGGCCAAGCAAAGCCCGAGAAAGAUGAUUUGGAGAAGCUCGCCAAAGUGCUCAGUAUCGACCAACAAUAUCUCGUCGAUGCUCUUGGCCCAAGCUUCUACCCUACUCGGGGAGUAGGAGAGUGGCCUCCUAAGGGUCCCGUCGUGUACCGUCUGUACGAAGCUCUUUUGGUAUACGGUCAUCCCAUCAAGGCCCUCAUCCACGAAAAGUUUGGUGACGGCAUCAUGAGCGCCAUCGACUUUACCGGAAGCGUCGAAAAGGAACCCAAUCCCAAGGGCGAUCGAGUCAAGAUCACCUUGAAUGGCAAGUUCCUUCCUUACACCAAAUGGUGAACGUGUACAGCUCUUGCCUCGCAUUGCAUCCGUUCCAGUUGACCCGUCUCUGGUCAUUGUCUGCCUUAUCUCGCAAUUGCAUGGGCUUCUGGUUUCUGCUCUCCA